CGUGAAAUAGGCAUUUUUUAAUGGUCAUUAAGGCAUUAAAGUUGGGUGCGGAAUAGAAAAUAAUAAUCUAAUUCCUCAUCUAUGGCUCCCGUUGAUAAGCUAUUUAUGCUUUAUCCCUGUAGGCUAAGGCAUCAUCUUCAUAAGGACUCCUGGAAAGCACACUUCUGGGGCUGAUGGUAUAGGAGGAAUGUGUUUUGCCAGCAGUAUUCAGUGCAUGUUUACAGAUGCCCAGGUGCUCCUGGCUCCAUGCCAGAUGCACCCCAGAGCUGGCCCUCCUGCCUCUGUCAUGGCCUCAUCAGUUUCCUGGGGUUCUUGCUGCUGUUGGUCACCUUCCCCAUUUCCGGCUGGUUUGCCCUGAAGAUUGUGCCCACCUACGAGCGGAUGAUUGUGUUCCGCCUGGGCCGGAUCCGCACCCCCCAGGGACCUGGCAUGGUUCUGCUCUUGCCCUUCAUUGACUCCUUUCAGAGGGUGGAUCUGAGGACACGAGCCUUCAACGUCCCUCCCUGCAAGCUGGCCUCUAAGGACGGGGCUGUGCUGUCCGUGGGAGCCGAUGUCCAGUUUCGCAUCUGGGACCCGGUGCUGUCGGUGAUGACUGUGAAAGACCUGAACACAGCCACACGCAUGACAGCCCAGAACGCCAUGACCAAGGCCCUGCUCAAGAGGCCGCUGCGGGAGAUCCAGAUGGAGAAGCUCAAGAUCAGCGACCAGCUUCUGCUGGAGAUCAACGAUGUGACCAGGGCCUGGGGGCUGGAGGUAGACCGCAUGGAGCUGGCGGUGGAGGCUGUGCUCCAGCCGCCCCAGGACAGCCCAGCUGGGCCCAACCUGGACAGCACCCUCCAGCAGCUGGCCCUGCACUUCCUGGGAGGAAGCAUGAACUCAGUGGCAGGAGGUGCCCCAUCCCCGAGGCCAGCAGACACUGUGGAGAUGGUGAGUGAAGUUGAGCCACCUGCCCCUCAAGUUGGUGCCAGGUCCAGUCCGAAGCAGCCUCUGGCGGAGGGGCUACUGACUGCUCUACAGCCCUUCCUGUCUGAGGCCCUGGUCAGCCAAGUCGGGGCCUGCUACCAGUUCAAUGUCGUCCUGCCCAGCGGCACCCAAAGCGCCUACUUCCUGGACCUCACUACAGGACGAGGAAGAGUGGGACACGGGGUGCCUGAUGGCAUACCUGAUGUGGUGGUGGAGAUGGCCGAGGCAGACCUGCGGGCCCUGCUAUGCAGAGAGCUGCGGCCUCUGGGGGCCUACAUGAGCGGACGGCUGAAGGUGAAAGGUGACCUGGCUAUGGCCAUGAAGCUGGAGGCUGUCCUCAGGGCCUUGAAGUAGCAGCCUUGGCUGACUUUCCAGAGCCCAGUCCCAAGCCUGGCACCAAGCCCGAGGGGCCUCUUGGAGGAGGAGGUGUUCAUCUGCACCACGGAGAGUUGAGGCCCUAACAAGUUUCAGGCCCAGCCAAAGCCCAUGAAUGGAGGCUGCGGGAGGCUGAGUCCGGCUGCCAUGCAUGUCUCCCCUACAGUGGUUCUCUGGACAAGCCUUUGUCCAUCCCGGCCCCCAGCUGAGUGCCCAGCGCUGAGCUGGGUACACGCUGUGAUUCCAGGAGGAGAGCCAGGCCUGCCCUGCCCUGCCCUGCUGGCUUCCUGACUGGAGAGACAGGACCCACAGAAACAGCCUGACAGCAGCUGGUUUGGUCCUUGUGUGAGGGACCAAGCAUGUGGCCCAGGCUCUAAGCUCUGCGGGGAUUGGAGAGGGAUGGGGAGGGAAGGGAAGGUAGCUCCAAGAAGAGGUCCCUGUGGCGAAGUUACCUGGGGAUCCUGGCUGGCCCGCCUUCCUGGCUGCAGUCCAGGCCCGUGCUGGCGGGAUUGGGCAUGGGAAGGAUCAGGGCCUGCUGCUUCCCUGGCGCUGCUCCCAAAGAUUUCUGACUCAUCUGCCAGCUCUGUCCUGCAUGCCUGGCGAGCUGGGGCCCAGGGCAGCAUGAAGGAGAGCCCUGCGUUCUGUGCUUCUUACCAGAGGUUUGCAAGCCUCAGACAAAUAAAUGUGGUGUUUACAAUGUAUAAAA